UUUUAUAACAGACCGAGAGCAGUAAUGGAAGUCUUGUAUGGUUAUGGGAUCAGCAGUACGUUAUACCUGCAGACGCAUUAUGGACAUGCCCAAAGCUGGUUUACAUUCGUGUCUACAAUGGCAGACCUGCGUACAACAUUUUUAUACUUUUUUCCCAUUUGGUUUCAUCUACAAUCAGCAGUGGGAGUAAAGCUGGUCUGGGUUGCUGUUGUGGGAGAUUGGCUCAACUUAGUCCUCAAGUGGCUUAUGUUUGGCGAGCGUCCUUAUUGGUGGGUUAAAGAAACUCUUUAUUAUGGCAACUUGACUGUACCACAAAUCAAACAGUUCCCCAUGACAUGCGAGACCGGCCCUGGAAGUCCCUCCGGUCAUGCGAUGGGAUCUGCAGGGGUUUACUAUGCCAUGGUCACGUCACUGCUGACGAUUUUGCAGGAAUGUGACCCCCUAAAAAGAUGGUGCUUGCAGGGUCUUCUUUGGGCCCUUUUCUGGGGUGUGCAGGUUUGUGUCAGUCUUUCUCGAGUCUUCAUUGCAGCUCAUUUCCCACAUCAGGUCAUUGCGGGAGUUGUUUCGGGAAUCGCUGUGGCCAAGGCUUUUAAUAGAGUGUCCUGGAUCUAUUCAGCAAGCUUGAAGAGUUAUGUGCACACCAUCCUCUGUCUUGUGUUUAUUGCGCUGGGGCUUUAUGCAUUGUUGGAUGCUGCUUCAGUAGACCCCUACUGGAGCCUAAUGAAGGCACAGAAGUGGUGCAUUCAGCCUGAAUGGGUCCAUCUGGACACCACACCCUUCGCUGGCCUCCUCCGCAACACCGGGGCCCUGUUCGGCCUGGGGCUGAGCCUCCAUUUGCCUAUUCAUGGUGAUCUGCAAAAAAACAGGAACUGUGGAAACAGCGCCAUUUACAGACUGACCUGUACAGCAGCAACACUGCCACUCCUGAGCCUCUUAGACUCAUUCAGACCUCCCACAAGCACUCAUGCGCUCUUCUAUGCACUUUCUUUCUGUAAGAGCGCCACUGUGCCUCUAACCACAAUAUGUUUUGUACCUUACUGCAUAAGCACAUUAGCAAAUGUAUACCACAGAAUGAAAGCAUAUUAA